AUGCCUGACAGCAUUCGUACUCCCCACUCCACACGCCUUGCACUCUCCCUUCCGCAACCCCUUCUUUGUCUUUCCCCCACCUCUCUCCUCGUCCCCCCUCUUCCCCCCUCUUCCCCCCGCCCGCACGCCUCCCCCUCCCUCCUCCCCCCCACCCUCCCUUCCCCACUCCACCCUCUCCCCAUCUUUUGUUUUCGCUCCCAGCCGCGCUCUGGUACUCGUUAUAGCGCCACCCGCUAUAGUGAUUCUGACGGCCGUUACAGCAUGGAUGGUGACAGCGGGAAGGGCUUCACGGGUAAUGGCAGCGCUGAUGGGCAGGGGUUUGAGCUGCCGAAUUCGCCGUCCAGGUUCGAUGCAUCUGUGGCGUGGCGCCACACGCUGUACCGCACGGCUGACUCGUGCUGGAGCCAGCAGGAGCGACACCUGUACCACACGGCCAAUCCGUCCCUUCCGUCAGCAGUGUUCAGAGCUGCUGUGGAGGAGUUUGAAGCGAUGCAGAGGGAGUGUGUGGGGUUUCGAGGAGUGGACAGCUGGCAAUGGGUCAAAGACAGGGCCACAUGGAACAAGACCAUCCCUCGAUACGGCCGCGACAGGAAGAGAUGCCGCUACAUUGCAAUUCGUGACCUGGACAGGGGUCUGGGCAACAGGAUCACAUCAUACGUCGUCUCGUUCAUCUUGGGUCUUCUCACCAACCGAGCCAUCAUCGCACCACCACCUGCCUUCCUCACUCACCGCUUCUGCAACCCCUUCGCGCACGCCAACACCUCCUGGACCGUUGAACUCUUCACACAGCGGCUGUUGUGGUCAACAGUGCUGCACCAGCCCAAGCUGAACGUGAGUGCCCUGGCCAGGGAGAUGAACUCGCUGCGCCAUGGGGUGCUGGAGGACUUGAGGAGCAGCGUGCAAGAGGAUGGCACUGUUUUCCUGGACUUGAAACACAGGGUGCAGGCGGAGUUCUGCGACCAGCUGUGGGACGUCAUGGGGGAGGCGACCUUCUGGUACACCAGCACUGACGCCUACUUCAUUCCCUCCCUCUACUACAUCCCCUCCUUCGCCGCACGCCUCAACCAACUUUUCCCAGACGGCCGUGUGUUCACACACGUGGCUCGCUACCUGCUGCACCCAGACAACCAACUGUGGGACGAAAUCACGGCCGCUUUUCAUACCAACCUCGCCCCAUUCUCCCACCGCCUGGGCAUUCAGAUCCGUUCGCUGCAUGCAAGCGACCUGCCAGUGGCGCAUCGUGUGCUCGACUGUGCUAUCAACAUCUCACACUACCUGCCGCCCACCGCCCCACUUGCACCUAACGCAUCAUGGGCGGAAGCACACGAGUUGCCAUACGAGAAGGUGGGGGUGUUUGUGUCGUCUCUCAACAUGCGGCACUUGGUGGAUAUGCAGCACCACUACCAGCACCGCCAUGUGCUGGCCAGCACCCGUGUUGACUUCUGGACGCUGACCAAUGAGGAGGCAGGGAAUCACGAGGAGGGGCAGAUGGAAUCAGCAGUCUUGGACAUGUGGCUUCUGAGCUUCUGCGACCGCCUGCUCAUAACGCACCUCUGCACGUUUGGCAGCACGGCAGCGGGGCUGGGGGGCAUGGACUGGCAAAAUGCAGCGCUCGCUGUCCGCCACCUCACUGUAACCCCACUCGCCUUCCCCCCGAGAAUGUGUCCCCACCUCCCUCCCAGCGACCGGCUGCUCAUAACGGACCUCUCCACGUUUGGCAGCACGGCAGCAGGGCUGGCGGGCAUGAACAGCUUCUCCAUGGCCGUCACAGUGCAGCGCAGCAUGGGCAUUGACUGGCGCAACUCCUCUAGCCCCACGUGCCAGCCGGUCUCCUCCGAGCCCUCAUGUCAGGGGCUGUCCAUGAGUGAGCCUCAUUUGAAAAGUGGAACCCCUCACCAGGCAGUGCCACAUGGGUGCCGUUAUCCAAUGCUCUACUUUCCUCAUCCGUUCUACUGGUCCCCCCACUUCAAGUUUUCCUGUCUGACCACAUAUUUGGCGUCCUUUCAUGAUGAGCUAUGCCUAUGCCAGUGA